AGCGUACCAUAAAUUAUUGGCAAGAAACGUGACGAUGGAAUCCUUUUCUACUGAAUAUCACGCGAUUGCGUGUAAUCGGGUUCCAAAUUGUGUUCAGUGGGGAAAUGAUUGCCUGAUUGCAAUCGGUACUUCAAACUUCGUAGUAAUAACUAAAGUUUCUGAAGAUGGGAUGAAUCCAGUGCUCUCUGUGCUAACUGGUCACAAGAAUCGCGUUAAUUGUGUUAGGUGGAUAGAGACAGACCAAUGUGGAUCAGGCCAUGUGCAAGGCCAGGACCUAGACGGAGACCUAGAACUUGUUUCUGGAUCCACCGAUGGAUCUCUUAUACUAUGGGGUGGACCAGUCGGCAAGAUUACUCUAUCGAGCAUCUUGCCUGGACACACCGGUUCCGUAACGGCCGUAGACGCACUCACUAUUCUAAGCUCCUCUGAAUCGGGUAUCACGCAGAGAACGUUGGUCAUCAGUACAUCCACCGAUUCCACUGUGAGGAUAUGGGAGAGGAUAGGAAGGAAAGAACAAGGAGGAGAAGAUGGAGGAGCAGGAAGAGGAGACCCUGUGUUUGUGGAGAAGCAGUGUAUCUCGUUCGGAUCUGGGUUUGCGGUGGAUGUCGCAUUGACAGUCAUCGGUUCAAGCAAUGUCCCCUUGCUUGGUGUGGGUGGCGAUGACUGCAAGGUUCACCUGUACACAGAGGUCAACAAUAUCUUUACCAGAGUACAGAGUCUUUCGGGCCAUGAGGAUUGGAUCAGGGGUUUGGAGUUCACACAUGAUGAUGAUGGUGAUAUUCUGCUGGCAUCCUGUGCCCAAGAUUGUUUCAUAAGGUUGUGGAGGAUAGCAGCAAACCAAGAGCAAACUGCACAAGAUGGAGAGAUCCAACUCAAGAAGAACACCUUCACCAUUUCCCAUCAAGGUUCAGAGCAAAGUUAUGCUGUCAGCUUGGAAUCAGUGUUAGCAGGUCAUGAGCAGUGGAUCUAUGCAGUUCAUUGGCAGAAGCCAACCAGGCUUGAUGGCAAACAUCACCAACCACUAUGCCUGCUAUCUGCCUCAAUGGACAAAACCAUGAUCGUCUGGAGGUUUGAUUCUCAAAGUGCAAUGUGGAUGGAUGAGGUACGUGUGGGAGAAGUAGGAGGCAAUACCCUGGGGUUGUAUGGCUGUCAGUUCAGCCCUGAUGGUGAGUCUAUCCUAUCACAUGGUUACCAAGGAGCUUUCCAUCUCUGGACAAAGAGGGCGCCCAAGGAAUCAGGGAAUGAAAAGGGUCCAAGUUUGUGGAGUCCGUCGGUGGUGGUCAGCGGUCACUUCGCAGGGGUCCAGGACCUGGCCUGGAACCCCAAUGGGGAUUUCUUGUUGAGUGUAGGCCUGGACCAGACCACCAGAUUGCAUGCAGUGUGGAAAAGAAACGGCAAGGAGUCAUGGCAUGAGAUAGCUCGUCCACAGAUUCAUGGUUACGACAUGCAGUGCUUAGCGAUGAUUGGACCUCACUCAUUUGUGUCAGGAGCAGAUGAAAAGGUUCUGCGAGUGUUUGAGGCUCCGACAAACUUUCUUGACAACUUGGCAAAGAUUUCUGGAGUUGACACCUCAUCAGCCAAGGCAUUGCAGGAGGCGAAAAACCUGGCAGAAGGAGCGAGUGUACCAGCCCUUGGGCUAUCCAACAAAGCCGUCUAUCAGGGCGAAGGAGGAAUGCCUAGCACUGACAGAGAGAUUAUUCACCCUAGUGAACAGUACACUGAGCUCUACUUUGCACCGGUUGCUUUAGAGAGGCCCCCAACAGAGGACCACCUCCUUCAGAACACACUAUGGCCAGAGACACAGAAGCUCUAUGGACAUGGUAAUGAAAUCUUCAGCGUUGCUGCUCAUCCGUCUGGGACCAUCGUAGCUUCAGCAUGCAAGGCAGCCAAGCCAGAGCAUGCAGCUAUCAUCUUGUGGGAUACAUCGUCAUGGCAACAGAAAGGUCAGUUGAUGGCCCACUCCCUGACGGUCACUCAGCUGGCUUUCUCCCCCGAUGGUCACUUUCUCCUUGGGGUGUCUAGGGACAGGACGUGGUCUCUCUUUGAGGAGGUUCAGAAUGAAGAUCUUCCUUACCGGCUGAUAGCACACACUGAUAAGAAGACAUCAGUUCACUCUCGGAUCAUCUGGUCAUGCUCCUGGUCACAUGAUAGUCAGUAUUUUGCGACAUCGUCAAGAGAUAAAAAGGUGAUUGUGUGGGGUAAGAGGAAAGAGUCUGAAGGUAGCAAUGGACCUCUAGGACAGUAUGGAGCAAUAUCUAAGCCACUAGACAUCGGUGACUCUGCGACAGCUGUAGACUUUGCCAGACAAACGACAACAAAUGGAAGAUACAUUCUGGCUGUUGGAGCCGAGUCGGGAGAUAUAUCAAUACACUCCUGGCCCCCAUCAGAGCCGACAUCUUGGUCAUGUCUCAUUACACUACCUAAACAGUCAAGUCACACCAUGACUGUUAAACGAUUGAGCUGGAGACCAUCAAGCAGGCAUCGGCAGGACGAGACCGGUCAGAACCGGUUACAGCUGGCUAGCUGCAGUUCAGAUGGCAGUGUGCGGAUACACACGCUUGACGGUCUGUCAUGACGUUGUGCAUCCCCCUCAGAUAUGUAUAAGGCACAGAACUGCAAAUUUACAAACACAUGAGGCUUUACCUGUCGAGUACUGAAAUUUGUAAUUCCCAUUGGCUUUAUACCUGGUCCAAGCAAUCCCAGUGGGCAAUUGGUUAAAGUGAUCAUUUCACUUUGUACUGAUUUUAAAAAUUCUCAGUUUGGUUCUUGGAAAUGGACUCAAUUUAUGGCUUAUAGUGUAUAGAUACCAGUCCAGGGCUCCAGAACACAAAGAUUAGCGAUCAACCGCUAAAUGAACUGACCAAUCAAGAUCAACAUUACACGCGCAUUUGGCUCAAAGUACUGACCAGGAACCAAUCAGAAGUGUUUUCUCAUAUUUGCUAUUCAUCGCUAAUCUUUGUUUUACAGAGCCUGGAAGUUUCAAAGUAUCAUAUCUACAGGAACUAUUUUUAAACUUUGGAGGUUUAAACCAAAGUUUGAAAAUGAAUGAGGCUAGUAAAGUGCUACUUUUGUAUAAAUUAUAGUUUUGCAUCCUGUAUUGUGGUGCGUUUCAGGGUAUUUGAGGUCAAGUACAAGCACUCAUACACCUGUUUCAUCUUAGUUUGAGAAUUUUUUAAAUCCAGCUGUCCACAAAGUGCAACGAUCCCUUUAAGCGUUCUCUUGGCAUCUUUAGGCCCUUUGAGAUGAAAGUUAAUUUUUCUUGUUAAAUUGCCACUUGUCUACUUUCCGUACACGUCCCAUGUGAACAAAUAUUAGUUCGUCACUGACCAGUUUAAUAAAUUAGAUUGAUACAUGAAUGGAAGUAGAUUCACAAUGUUUCUAAGAUCAGCCCUCUUCCAGACUUUCCACCUUUCUAUUAAAGUUCUUUGUAUCAGAGGGUUGUGUGUUCAGAUCCCACCUCGGAACUAGUAUCACUUGGCAAGACAUCUUUAUACACUCUGCCACUCUCCUCGCGCGUGCGAUGCAAACUUCAGUGUUCGUCGUGUCGGUACAGGAUCGCCCUUAGCACCACUCUUUCACGCAUUGCAUGCAUGCAGAAACGCUCUUUUUUACGUGCGUAAGGGUGUUUCUGCACCUUUGAGGUGUGCGGAAGUAUGGUUCUAUGGCGACACGACGUGUUGUUGGUUUAGCAAUUAGAGUGUGCAGAAUGCUCAAUAUUAAAAUACUCCCCAUGGAGUAGAGAUCGUGCAUGACACUAUGUAGCAGGCCAGAAACUGAUGAACUGAAGCCUUGUUCCAAUGUGAUCAUCACUAUAUAAAGCUUAAUAAUAGAGGGUAUUUAUCAUCGAACGUAGAGGGCAGCAACUCACGGCAGUGUUGCUAUCAGGAAGGUCCACUCAAUACGUGCAUACAAUUAAAGCGCACAAACGAUUUGGAAGGCAUGCCAACGAAACCAUGAACCGACACAAUAUACUCCUAGAGUAACUGCAAAAGAGAGGUAAACUAACAAAUUAUGACAAUACUAGAUUCAAAUAAUAGAAAUACAACUAGCACAUCAAUGAUGUGGUGCUCAUCCGGCAUCUCGCAAAGAAAUCUUAACACAAUUUUUAAUUUCUGCCCAGUUGACAUUAGUGAAUUACAUUGGUGACAUAAAUUGAGGAAGUGUGUAUUAAAAAUCUGAUUAAAUGUAAUGUUGAAAUAAGACACUGACCUGUAAAAGACAGACAAUUGAAUUGAAUCGCACGACUCAAGUUGAAAUAUUUUGUGCCAUAAAAUUAUUACGAUGUGAAGUGUGGCUUCAGCGGUAUUACUUUCACUCUUUGAAGUGUACUUCCGCAUACACUGCACAGAGCUUUAUUUUUGUGUGUUUCUUUCAUUUUUUCCAGUUCUUUAUUAUACUUUGCUUUAGCUUUAUUCGAUUUUGCCAAUGAAUGGUGGAGUUUUGUUAUUGUCCCAUUUACAGGUACUCUAUUAACGCUAAAAGGACUGGGCUAUUUGAGACGUAUUGAGGACGGGGGGGGGGGGGGGGGGGGGGCAUGAUGGCCCCCCCUUCUGAUCUCGGCCGCCGUUCGUGCGAUCGUGCCGAAAUUUGGCACGCACAUUCUUUACCACAUAAACUAUCAUAAACCAUCAUGGCCCCCCCCAGUCCUUUUAGGGUUAACACAUGAAUCAAUUUUUUCAUUUAUUUGGCUGAUGGUAUCUUGAGCUGCUUGUUGAGAUAGUCUUUGGCCUUUCAUUCUUGCCACAAUGGUGGUUUAGAUACAGCAAUGAAUCAAAACAAGUGAGGAAUGAGGAGAGCGAACCCGGCAGUAAAAUAGGCAGACAAGAUGAAGGAAAAAUGUGCAGAAAAAUCACAUGUCACUUACAUAGAAAGACAUUAGUGGGCACGUAGUGUAAAACAGAUGAUAUGAGAUGAAAAUAUAUCUUCAAAAAUGGCAAGGAAAAUCCACUUUCUGCUCAGCUCAAACUAUGAUAGUUGUUCCAACAUGUCCCAGAGGCUCAAAAGUUUGGUUGAUCAGAUUAAUAUGGGCUAUUCCACGGUUACUCACGUUACAUUUGGAGACACCUUGACUCAUACUUGGAGCUGUAACUCCAUUAUUAUUGAUAGGAACUAAACAUCUCUUUAUCACAACAUAGUACGCAGUCUGACUAUCCUUUGUAUAAAAACAAAACUUGGGAAAUUUCAUUAUGCUCCUGGCAAAUCUUUGAAAUGUGUCGGUUACUCACGUUACAUGAUUUGGACAUGCAUAAAAUGAAAAGUGGACUUAAGUGAAAAGUGUCCUCAUGCAAGGCUUUUAUGAACGUUGAUUAUAUCCAUUUCAAAGAAGUAUAUUAGGGAGACAAAUUUGUAUAUAAUUAAAACAUAAAGAACACAUGGUUUUUACUAGGGGUGCAGAUAAAGUGGUUACUCAUGUUACGGUUUAGAUGGGCUAUAUGUACAAAGACACAUUGAGCUCAUGUCCACCAACCUAUGGAAUUGCCCAUAUGAUGAAUUACUGAAAGCUACAGAAGGAAAGAUACAGGAACCAUCUCAGCACACAGCAGUCAAAAAUAGCAUUGCAAAGAAACCAAAGGAUCUUGCCUUUUAUUGCAAGGCCUCCCCCGCAUGGAAUGGAGUUUGGCCUCGUUCUCCCAUCCCAUGUCGUCUUCCUGGCCGACAAAGGAGGAAGAGGUGAUGGGGAGCAAGGUCUCUAGCUUCCCUACUUCUCUUACAAGUCCUGUUACAAGGGAACUCAGUUUUUUCCAUCUCCCUUGAAAUUUUAUCCACAUCAAAUAUAUUAAAGUGGAGAUAUGACAUCAUCAAUAUGCUCAUUGAAAAAUCUUGAAGACAUAUAACUAUUUCAUCAAAAUAAUACAAAGCUUUCAUGUCAUUACUUGAUCAUUGUAAAAUUUUGAUUCAGCCUGGAGUACCCCUGUAAUUGUCAAUUAUCAUAUUCUCUUUGAACCUGUGCAGUUUCUUUUCACAGCCUUCAUUUGUUGGACCAUUUCCUCCGAUUUUCGUGCGACGUUGUGCACAGUAUGGAGGUGGUUGUCCAACCGCUGCACGGAAGAACCACAAUGGGGGCACUUUUUCGUAAUCGGAGGACUCUUUUUACGGGAUAUUGGAUCACUGUAGGCAAAAAUAACACCAAUUUUUCUCAUCUGGUCUGUGGAUGCUCCCAUAAGCCAGUUCCUAAAAUUUAAUAUGUUUGAAUAAAAAAUUGACUUGGCUAUUUUGUAAUUGAUCUUGUAAUGGAUAUAAGCAAGAAUGCGACCCACAUUAUGAUCUCAAAAAUUAUUCAAAUUUACCACUGAUUUAUUAUGCUAAUUUGUAAAAUCUGAAAUCGGCUGGUAUUCUCUUAAUUGAACAAUUUUCUUAUAUUUAUUUAUUUCAUUGUGACCUCAGCAGCGGUAGAUAGAGAUAGAGCUGCAGUUCAUCUAGAGGAUGUAAGCCACAAAGCAAACACGUAAACAAUUGGAAUUGUUGAGGAACAUCCACAUACUUGUACACACAUACAAACCAGCCGCAUCAGCACACACAACAUGAGAUAC